AGGUUUAAUUGGUGAUAUUUGGCGCCCUCUACUGGUGAACAAAUUAACUAUUGUGAUAACCCGGAAGUACAUCAAUCCAUCUCCCUCGGCUACACGUGUAGAAGUCCGGCUCUGUCCAACAUGGGGAAGUCCAAACAAACAGGGAACCACAAUAACGGCAAGAAGAAGAACAUCGCAAAGAAGUGGAAGACCAAGCGUAGGACCAAAGACCUGGACCAGAUCCACUCAGACAUGAAGCCAGAGACUGCAGCCAAACUGCUGCAUCAGGAAGUGGACUACGACGUGACCGGAUGUGCGCAACACUACUGCUUACACUGCGCGAGAUACUUUGUUGACAUGAGAUCCUUGAAAGAGCACUUCAAGACCAAAGUGCACAAAAAACGGUUAAAGCAGCUCAGGGAGGAGCCGUACACACAGGCAGAGGCAGAGCGAGCUGCAGGAAUGGGCUCCUACAUCCCUCCAAAAACCAUUGAAGUGAAGACGCAGCCUACUGAGGAGGACAUGGACUGAAAGCUGUUUACGUUACUGCAUGGACUCUCAAUAACGCGGGGGGGUCUGCUUGUGUUAUUUAUUAUGGUCACAAUGCCAGAUUGCUUGGGUGAAUGCAUCUUUGUGACAUCUUAUAAUCUUUUGCUGCAGGUAUCCAUGUAAACAAGUACGUGGCAGCAGCACUUGCAGAAUAAUAGACUUCAUAUAGAGUCAUUUUGUAUAUGUGGGGGAUUCUAGGAGGAACAGUUCUUCAGCUGGAGGUCUCUGUCUACAUGUCAGUGAUAAAUAUGUUUUACAGGUUUCUCUCCAAUCAGGGAUCCUAUGUGGUGUUGAUAGGUCUGCAAUAUUUUCCAUGUCUGGAUUAAAAGGAACUGACUAUGAUAAAAUGUAAAAUGUUCCAGACUUUAUCCCUUAUUCUGUUAUCGAAAAGAUAAAAUCCUUAUUCGUAAGGAAUAAAGUGCUUCUUAUAGUGAGUAAUAUCUGAUGUACCUCAGUUAUUUUCAAAUUACCACAUUUGAAGUUGUCAAAAUUAUUGAGCAGUCUAAUUUUAAAGGGGUUAAUUGUUGCUUUGCUUUAGGAUAUGGUCACAUUUGUUUUAAAAAUUAAAAAAUAGAAACAUUCAGGUAGAAAAAUACUAAUAAAAUUGAUUUUAUAGAG